AUGGCGGAUGAGUCCGAGGAUGAAAUCGGCGGCGCCAUUAAUGGCAUGAAGGGCGAGAGAUCAUCUCCCAAAUCUCCCAUGCAGGUACGCGACGAGAAGCUCCCACCUCAGCCUGAACUCAAAGCGGGUGGCAUGACCACUCGGGGUCUCAAGGCUGGAGCAUUGGGGAAGAAGAAUCUCGCGGCUGGCCAAAAAGGAGGCGUGCAGGCAGUGGCUCCCCUCGGUACGAGUCGCCGACUGAGGAAGCUGACUGCUAGUGGUGAGGAGAAGCGGGCCGCCCAGGAUGAUCAUGCUGUGCAUGGGGUGGCAGGCGCGACACACCAAGAAGAAGAUGCUUUGGCGGACUCAGGCAUUUGCCCAUCGGAGGGUGUGCUGGACUCUGAUGAUUGCUACUCUCCCGAAGAUAAGACUGCUUUUGAAAUCAAGAGGCGUUCGCCGUUGGCUGCUCCCACUCGAUCUCGUCUUCCUCCAACGGGUAAUGUAAGCAAAGUGGUGGAGGCAUUUGAGAGGGGUGGAAUCGUGGAGCUUGUGGAGGGAGAAUCUCUAUCUAUUCGGAUAGGUGGGCAUGACAUUCGUGUUCCUCAAGAAAAGCAUUUGGCGUCAGGUGCGAAUGCUUCGCCCCGGCUCAAUGAGUAUGGGUCGAACCUUCUGGACCCUGAGCCUGGGAACCAGAAGCGUUCGUUGGAUGUCUUAGAGGGAGAUGUGGGUGACCCUCCUACUUCUAAGAAACUUUUUGUGGAAUUUGCUGAAGUUGGAAAAAAGGUGGAGGAAGCCAGCCUAGAGCGGCCCCAAGGGAAUAAAUGA